GGACGACACAGACUCAGGAGCUGCACAAUUUGUACCUUGAGUUGGGGGAGAAAAAACAGCGGGUGAAGAUGCCUUCGUUGGGUCGUCCGGACUAUAGUGUUGGACAUCAUCUAUGACAAAGUUCAGGAAGACAUGCGGCCGCUGACUGCAAAGUGGGACAACACAGGUUGCACCCUCAUCACUGACGGGUGCACAGAUCGAAGGUACAGGCCUGUGAUGAACUUCAUCGGGACCGGCGAGAGUGGUGCAAUCCUCCUGAAGGUCGUGGAUGUGUCGAAGAAGAAGAAGACUGCAAUUGCUUUGGCGAUGAUGUGGGAGCAAGUCAUCAGGGACAUCGGGGUGCAGCGGGUGAAUGCAAUCUGCACAGACAAUGCAGAAGUCAACAAGCAAGCUGCACGGAUCCUGGGAAGGCACACUGAUCGCGACAUAUCUAGCAUUCCAUGGGUCCCGUGCGCAGCGCAUUGCUUGAGCUUGUUGAUGAAGGACAUCUGCGAGCUGGAUUGGGUGAAGGAGGUGGUGCAGCGCACAAAGAUGAUGGUGAAGUUCAUAAGGAGACACCAUCACACCGCCUCCCUUUACACAAAGUGUUCAGAACUGUCUAGGGAGUUGACGUUGAUUUUGCCCACGGAGGUUCGGUUUGCUUCCUCAUACAUGAUGAUGAACAGGUUUUGGGGCAGGCGACGUGUGCUAGAGGAUAUGAUGGAGGAGGGGUGGAGGCUGUUGAGGUGGAGUGCAAGGAAAGAUCGAGAUAAGUCCGACACUACGUACAUGACUGUCACUGGGAACGAGUGGUGGGUGAGGUUGAGCACGGUUUUGGAUGUGUUGGAGCCGAUAUACGAGUUGUUGAGGAAGAUGGACCGCAAUGGCACAGCCCCCCCAAGCCUUUGGCAUUUCGACGAGGGGUUGCGGAGGCGUCUCAAUACACUCACGGGUUUGACCGAUGUUCAGCGGCAGGCAAUCAUGAAGGCAGUCCGCAAGCGCACGAAGAUGAUGAGGCAGCCUGUUCAUGCGGCAAACUUUCUCCUCGACCCAAGGAGGAGAGACAUGAAGUGGUUGAUGGACAUGCAAACCCCGUUGGUCCAAAACACCCUCAAGUUCUUCUUGUCACAGUGCAAAGAGGAGGUCACUUGGGGGUGCAGGGAGCAGCUCGAUCUGUGGGCAGACUUACAAGCAUUCCACAGGGAGCCUACUGGAGACGUGGUGAAGGAUCCAGUGACAGGGAAAGUGGUGGAGGAGAGCUUUUGGACCGAAUUCGCGAAGUUUGACAGCUCGCUUACCCAAAUGACGGCCUCUGAAUGGUGGAACGCGCACGGGGCCUCUCAUAAGAAGUUGCGGGACAUUGUCGUGAGGGUCACAACGAUGUGGAGCACCGCAAACCCUUGUGAGAGAAACUGGUCAUCUCUCGAUCUUGUCCAUGACAAGAGGAGGGGCCCGCUGUCCCCUGACAGUCUCGCGAAAUUAGUCUACGUCCACUGGAAUCUUCAGCUGUUGGACAUCAAGAAGAAGAGCAUGGGAAGCUUGGCGGGGUACUUGGACAUGUGGGCUGCAUUCUUUGAUGAUGUGGAGGCGCCACCACCGAAUGAUCCUGCUGCAUUGCCCAAGGCAGCGACUGUAGCAGAUUUGACUGGCGAUGAACUGCAGCGGCAGCAGCAGCACCAGCAGCACCAAGAGCCAGUGCAAGAUGGGUUGCAGCAGCAGCAAGAGGAUGGGCUGCAGCAGCACCAGCAGCAGCACCAGGAGCCAGCGCAAGAUGGGUUGCUGCAGCAGCAAGAGACUGGGCAGCAGCAGCUGCAACAGCAGCAUCACGAAGGACUGCAGCAGCAGCAGCCUGAUGAGGAUGGACUGCAGCAGCAUCAGCAGCAACAACACGAUGGUCUGCAGCAGCAGCAGCAAGAGAAGGAGAGUGCGCAACCAAUCGCUAGAGUUAACUCCAGGCGGCCACAAGGGUCCAGCGCAGCAGCCAUCCUGGAUGCGGUCCAAACCCUUCCUUUCCCACCAGAGAUCGAGGACAUGCAGCACGACAACUUGGACGUCAGCCUGGCAGGAAGGAAGCGAAAGGUGCAGCCUGACACUGGUCCAAAAGUGGCAAGGAAAAGGGGUCGCCUGAGGAAGCAUCCACUGCCAGCGUCCGCAGGUGCUGCCGCCGGUGUGGAUGGUGCUGAAGGGGGUGAGGUGCAAGAGCAUGUCAUUGCGGGGAGGAAGGUGCAAGGGGGCCCUACACUCGCAGUGGACGGUGUGGAGACAGGCCUGCGAAAGCGGCCGAAGUGGAAGGCGGCGAAGAAGGCGAGGGUCGUGGAAGACGAUCCAACCGACUCGGAUGCAGAAGAAAGCAGUAGUGAGAGCGAUGAAGAGGGUCGGGAAAGCGACUGGGAAUAGCCACAUACAUCAGUGACACAGUGUGCCCCUGAUGUAUGUGUGGGGUUUUAUAGACAGGGCUCAGCGGGGGAGGAAGGUGCAAGGGGGCCCUACACUUCCAGUAGUUUGAGGGCUAAAAAUGUUCGACAGUCAAAGUCGAAGUGGUGGUUGUUUUGCACAGUUAAUCCCUUGGGUUUUCCAAGGCAAUCAAUGCUGUGCCUCUUC